AUGGAGGUCUCGUGGCAGACUGUGGCAGAGCGCUUCCAAAAGAACCGCGCCGCCGCCAUACCCCCCCGGUGGGUGAUCCCGCCCAAGAAGCUCGAGGAGACGCAACGCUCAACCACCCGGCCGCUCGACCUCCUCCCGCGCCUCCUCUCCCACCAUGAGCUGCAAAUCACCUCCCUCGGGGCCGGCGCCCUCGCGCAGGCCAUCCGCACCGGCGCCUUCUCCUGCCUGCAGGUCACCGAGGCCUUCUGCCACCAGGCCGCCGUCGCCCAGCAGCUGACCAACUGCCUGACGGAGAUCUUCUUCGCCGAGGCCAUGGACCGCGCGCGCCAGCUCGACGACCUGCUCAUCGCCAACAAGGGCAAGCCCGUCGGCCCGCUGCACGGCGUGCCCAUCUCCGUCAAGGACCACAUCAACGUCAAGGGCCACCACACCACGUCUGGGUACGUCGCCUACGCGGAGAAGAGCACACCCCGGGGCGAGGACGCGCCGCUCGCCGCCGCGCUGCGCGAGGCCGGCGCCAUCCUCUACUGCAAGACGAACAACCCGCAGUGCAUGAUGGUCCUCGAGACGGUCAACAACAUCUACGGCCGCACGCUGAACCCCUGGAACACGAAACUCGGCGCUGGUGGCUCCAGUGGCGGCGAGGGCGCCCUGUUGGCCCAGCACGGGUCGCCUCUGGGCGUCGGGACAGACAUUGGCGGGUCGAUUCGCAUCCCUGCCGCCUUCAAUGGCCUGUACGGCUUCAAACCCUCGGCGAAGCGCGUCUCCACGGGCGGCUGGGAGGUGACGCUGACCGGGCAAGAGUCCAUCCACGCAGUCACUGGCCCGCUGGGACACAAUGUCGAGGACCUCGAUCUCUUCCAGCAGGUCGUCACAGACGCGAAGCCCUGGCUCAGGGAGCCGCUGCUCAAGAUGCCCUGGCAGUCACAAAUCGAGGCCAUGAAGGGGCAUAAGCUGACGGUCGGCGUCAUGCUGUGGGACGAGGUCGUGAUGCCACACCCCUACAUCACGAGGGUCAUCAAAGACGUGGCGAAAAAGCUGGACGCAGCCGGCCACGAAGUUGUCCCCUUCAAGCCGUUUGACCACAAGCGGGCAUGGGAGGAGAUCCUCCUGCCGCUCUACUUCACGGACGGUGGGUUGGACAUCAAGCAGACGCUUUUCGCAGGCAACGAGCCCAUCUUCCCCGCGGCAAAGCGACUGCUGGACAACCCCAUUGUGCAGCGGCGCAUGGUCCAGGAAGUUUGGCAGUUCAACAAAGCUCGGGACGCGUACCGCAUCGCCUACCUCCGCAAGUGGGCCGAGACGGCCAAGGAGACGGAAUCGGGCCGCCCGAUCGACGUCCUCAUCUGCCCCGUGGCGGGCCUCAACGGCAUGCCGCACGACGUGAUGCCGUGGUGGGGAUACGCCGCGCAGUGGAACCUGCUCGACUACCCGUGCGGCGUGCUGCCCGCUGGCACCGUGCUGGAGAGCGACGAGUAUCCCAACGGCUACGAGCCAGUCAACGAUCUGGACAGGGAGAAUAUGAAUCUUUACGACAACAAAAUGUACCGGGACAUGCCCGUUGCGAUUCAGGUGGUUGGGCCGACACAUGAGGAUGAAAAGGUGCUGGGUGCAAUGAGCAUCAUUGACGAGGUCGUGAAGGGGUAG